AUGUCGGCUUCCACGUCUGCAGCGCCGCUCGGCAACGGGCUCACCCUCCCCGUCGGCAACGGCCACGGCAAGCUCAAUGGCUCGUCGCCAGUCAAGAAGCCUCUUGCCGACAGCGACAGCGACCUGAGCGAGGAGGAGGACUCGGCACCUCUGGCCAAGCGUCCGAGGACGUACGGCAAGGUCAACGGCAACGGCAAUGGCAAUGGCAAUGGCCUUGCCGUCAAGCCACCGCCCAGCGACGACGGCAGCAGCGACGACGAUGAUGCGCCGCUCGCCAAGAGCAACGGGGUCAAGAAGGAGGCCCCGUCGGACGACGGCGACGACAGCGACGACUCGGACGCGCCGCUAACGUCGGUGGUGGCCUCGGCGCCGCCCUCGACCAUGGCCGGCUCGGACGACGAGGGCGACGACUCGGACGCACCGCUGACGGCCUCGGUGCGCGGCAAGAGGUCGAGCGGGUCCGACGACGACGAUGACGAUGACGACGAGGAUGACGAAGAGGAGGAGGAGGAGGACGACGACGAUGGAGAUGACGCCGACACCGAUGCCGGCUCGGCGAUGGGCAAGGUGGCCAAGGCGGCCAAGAAGGUCAAGUCCAAGAUCAAGGCCAAGCUGCAGAAAAAGGGCGGCUCGCGCAAGACGCACGAGGCGGGCAACGGCGAGCAGAAGUGGACCACGCUGGUGCACAACGGCCCGCGCUUCGCUGAGCCGUACACGCCGCUGCCAAAGGACGUGACGCUCAAGUACGACGGCCAGCCGGUGGUGCUGCCGCCCGAGAGCGAAGAGGUGGCCAUGUUCUACGCCGUCAAGCUCGAGACCCAGCACGCCAAGAACCCCAUCUUCAACAAGAACUUCUUCGACGACUUCAAGGGCUACCUGAAAAAGUACCCGCCGCGCAACGGCCUCAAGAUCCAGAGCUUCGACAAGCUCGACUUCCGCGACAUGUACAACCACUGGCGCGGCAUCAAGGACGCCGAGGCGGCGGCCAAGAAGGCCAAGGCGCCGUCGCAGCGGAAGCGCGAGCUCGAGGAGCGCAAGGCGCAGGAAAAGGAGUGGCGCACCUGCUGGGUCGACGGCGCCGAGCAGUCGAUUGGCAACUUCAACAUCGAGCCGCCGGGCCUCUUUCUGGGCCGCGGCGCCCACCCAAAGGCCGGCAAGGUCAAGCGCCGCACCAUGCCCGAGGACGUCACCAUCAACCACAGCGCCAACCAGCCGGCGCCCAAGCCGCCGUUUGGCAAGUGGGGCGAGGUGGUCGAGAAGAAGGACGUCACCUGGCUCGCCUUCUGGAAGGAGCCGCUCAACGGCAACUACAAGUACGUCUUCCUCGACGCCGCCAGCGAGUGGAAGGCGUCGUCGGACAAGACCAAAUUCCAGAAGGCGCGCAAGCUCGACGAAUGCGUCGUGCAGAUCCGCAGGGACGUCGACCGCAACCUCAAAUCCAAGAGCCGCCAGGAGCGCCAGAUCGCCACGAUUGUCUGGCUGAUUGACAACUUCUCGCUGCGUGCGGGCAACGAAAAGGGCGAGGACGAGGCCGAGACGUACGGCGUGUGUUCGCUGCGGUGCGAGCACGCGCGGAUGAAGCCGCCGCACACGCUCCACCUUGAGUUCCUCGGCAAGGACUCGAUGAAGUUUGAGGAGGACCUGACCAUCACCAACCCGGACGUCUACAAGAACCUGUGCAUGUUCCUCCAGACGAGCGGGCAGAAGGACCGCAAGGGCCAGUUUGUGCGCAAGAAGCCGUCGGACCCCAUCUUCUGCGCGCCCUACGAGGUGGACACGGUGCCCGCCAAGCUGCAGCCCAUCGCGCCCGAUUCGGUCAACCGCUUCCUGUCGCAGUACAUGCCUGGCCUCAGCGCCAAGGUCUUCCGCACCUACAACGCCUCGACGACGUUUCAGGGACUGCUCGACCAGACCGAGGAGUGGCUCCGCUCGCGCCCCAAGCCGCAGGAGCGCGAGAUCAACGUCAACAACCUCAAGAUCGCCUACAACGAGGCCAACCGCCAGGUGGCCAUCCUCUGCAACCACCAGCGCACCGUCAACCCGGUCGCCAUGGGCAAGAUUGUCGAGCGCGCCCACGACAAGAUGUUCGCCCUGCGCUACGACAUCCACAAGGAGCAGCAGAAGCUCCUCACCUUCCACACCAAGGCCGAGGUCAAGAAGGAUCUCGGCGCCAAACAGGCCGAAAAGGUGCUGGCCGCGCUCAACCUCGACCCGGAGCGCAUCCGGCAGCACGAGGAGAGCCUGAUCCAGGCCAAGAAGCUCCGCCUCCAGUCGGCCUACACCAAGCAGCAGGCCGAGCUCGACUGGCAGCUCUCGCAGCAGGGCUUCAAGGACGAGGGCGAGGGCGAGGGCAGCAGCGGCAGCAACGGCGCCGCCGCCAAGCCCAAGCCCAAGGCCAAGUCGAAGAAGGCGCUCGAGGCCGAGGCGGCGAUCAAGGCGUCGAUCCGCAACUUCAAGGAAAAGUCGCAGUUCGACGCCGAGGAAAAGGAGCUCGACAAGAUGCUCAAGGACCUCGAAAAGGAGCGCAAGACCAACAAGUCGCUCGCCCCCAGCGCCAACAUCGGCAGCUGCGCCCGCAAGAUCGCCUCCAAGUACGAGGCCAUCAAAAAGGCCGAGGCGGAGCUCACCGACAAGACCAACAUGUCGGACGUCUCGCUGACGACGUCCAAGAUGAACUACAUCGACCCGCGCAUCACAUCGGCGUGGCUCAAGUACUGGGACGAGAGGCUGAUUGACCUCGGCGUCGCCACCCCGCCGGCGGCCAAGAAGCGCGCCGCGGUCAAGAAGGAGGAGGAGGACGAUGACGACGACAAGGGCAAGGCCAGGGGAAAGGGCAAGGGCAAGGCGACCAAGGCCACGGCCACCAAGGGCAAGAAGGACGCCAAGCCGGCCAAGGGGGCCGCCAAAGGUCGCAAGGUCAAGAAGGAGGAGGAGGAAGAGGACGACGACGACGACGCCGCCGCCAUCGCCGACUCGGAUCGCCUCGACCUGCGCCUCAAGGUGCUGUCGGUGUCGCAGUACUUUCCGACGACGCUGCAGAAGAAGUUCCGCUGGGCCUCGGUGGGCGAUGACGGGCGGCCCAUUACCAAGAAGUGGACGUUUGUGCCCAACGCACGCAGCAAGAUGCGGCAGCUGGCGUCGGCCGACCGCAAGGGCGACCAGCCCUCGACGGGCUCGAUGGCGGCCAUGACGGACGAGAACCCGGCCGGCGCGGGUCAGCCCGACCCUACCUCGACCAAGAACAAGGUGACGGCCGGCCGUGGCCAGAAGCGCAAGGAGCCGCCCACCGGCGCCGCCACCGCCGCUGCGCCCGCCAAGCGAGGCCGGGCCAAGAAGCCGGCGAUCAAGGCCGAGUCCGAGGACGAAGACGACGACGACAGCGACGACGACAUGCCGCUCGCCGCGAGCAAGUCCUAG